AUGUCUGCUACACUAAUCCUCUCGGGGCUUGCGUUCGCGCUCUACCUAGUGUAUGGCGCGCUAAACUAUGGCCAUCGCAGGAAGGAUAUGCCCACCGGGCCGAAGACUUUGCCGUUUAUCGGGAACCUUUAUCAAAUUCCACGCUCGUAUGCUUAUCUAAAGUUCGCCCGUCAAUUCGGCGGUAUCUUUACCUUAAAGAUGGGUAGUGCUACUAUGGCCGUAAUCUCGGAUCGCAGACUUGUCAGGGCCCUUAUAGAUAAGAAAAGUAAUAUUUACAGCGACCGACCACCUUCCCACGUCACGCACGAUCUUAUCACCAAAGGGCAUCAUCUCCUCCACUUACCAAUUGUGAACGCCGAAGCUGUUCAACUUAUCCACGACCUUAAGCUUUACCCUAAAGACUAUUUGCUGUAUCCGAAGCGGUUUAGCAAUAGUAUUAUAAACUCUAUACCCGUGCCCGAGAAGCUUUGGGACAACUAUAAGACGCGCUCUCUUACAGUCGGAGACAUGAUGGAAACGCUUUAUGAGGAAAUACUGACAGAUGUGGAGAAGCGGCGUGGGACUCGCAAUUUAGGCUCGUUCAUAGACAUUGUCUUGAACCAGCAGGAUAAGCUUCAGCUGUCGAGAGACAAGCUUAAGUUCCUCGGUGGUGGCAUCAUAGAAGGCGGCUCCGGCACAUCAGCGACACUGAUCUUAAUUAUUAUUCAGGCACUCACUUUAAACCUAGAAGUACAGGAGAAAGCUCACCGCGAGAUUGCUGUAGUCGUUGGUGAAGACCGAUCGCCACAGUGGUCAGACAUGAAAAAUCUCCCGUACAUCAACAUGAUUGUGAAAGAAGGGCACCGCUGGCGCCCAAUUCUGCCUCUUGAUGACUGGGUCGAUGGGAAGUUUCUCCCCAAAGACACAAUCAUUAUGCUCAACAUCUGGGGCAUGCACAUGGAUCCGCAAACUUGGGAAGAGCCCGAGAAAUUCAACCCGGACAGGCACAGAGACCAUCCCAAGCUCGCUCAUGAAUACGCAGCCAGCACCAUCUCGAAGCUCAUUUGGGCUUUCAAAUUUAAGCAUGAGACUGGCCCGGAUGGUCGCCAGAUACCCAUUGAUUCAGACCCGGUGACUGGCUAUCGUACAGGGACUUUAUAUGUUCCGAACAAGUACAGCUUCAAGCCUGUGCUUCGGUCUGAGGUGAUUAGAGAUACGGUCAUGCGUGAAUUUGGUCAGGCCGAGAGGGACGUCUUCAGCCGAUUUGACGUAUCGUGGUCUGGAUAA